UUACGAGGUAUAAUUAAGUCACCCGAGCAGCGGGAGAGCAAUUAAACAUUUGCUGAUACGACUCGACAUCAGCUCUUAUCAGCGUUUGUUGUUGUUUGGGCAACGGCGGAUGCCAUCAAUAUAGCUGGCAAUACAGCUAGUUGUUCAGUGUAUUUCAAAAAGCGUUGAGGAAACAACAACGAGGCGAGCUAAAGCUGAAAGCAAAACUAAAGAUCGGAAUUUAUCAACAGUGGACAAAAGAUGUGGACGACGCCACUGACUAUGCUACUCUGCGCCAGCUUUGGCGUUGUGGAGGCGCAGAUUGCUUACACAGGUCACCUCUCCGAACUGCGCAUCAAGGAACUAAGCCAGCUGGCAAUGCGCAUGGAGCACUCCAUUAAUGCCAAGAAAUAUGCUUGCGACAGCUACUACGAUCACGUCUGCAGUCGCAAUCGCCCACUCUUCUCGGUUAUGGGUCACAUGCCGCCCAGCAGCGAUCUUAUCCAGCUGCUAACCAAGCUGCAAAACGACCCGGAGCAAUUCGAAGCGAAGCAAAAGCUGAUCGACUUUUUCAUAUCGUGCAACACACUGAAGUCUUUGCAGGACUGCUACCGCGAAACGUUUGAGUACUUCAAGCCGCUCUUCGGCUACAUAAUUACCAAAGAUCUGGUCGAGGGCAGCUCGCAUGAGUUGCGCGACUUUCGCGAACUAAUCCAACGUUUUGUGGACCGUAGUAAAUCGGUUUUUGGAACCGAUUCCCACCCAUUGAGGAACCGACUGCAGACGUAUAAGGAGAAGUUUGCCACACCCAGUAUAUAUUUCUAUGCCGGCGACCUAAAUCGGGAGUACGCCGGUCUGCGCAUCUAUAGGGAGAGCUACGAGCACAAUUUGCGGAACAUUGAACAGCAUCGCAAACGCAACUCCACUUUCGAGCUGGGUGUGCAGCGGACGAUGCUCGACUGGAGCUUGUAUCUCUAUCAAAGUCGAUUCAAGCCUAUGUCUUAUUUCUAUCCCACGUUCACGGUGCAUCUGUAUAUGACAAUGUUUAACAUAAGCGAGCGGCAGCGAGACUCAACUCACUUCCGGGAGGAGGUGGAGUGCCUUAAGCUGCCUCAGUACGUUAACGUCCUGAGUGAGGCUCGUAUGCUGGCGGUCAUCUAUCUAAAGAGCUUCAGGCACACCUGGCAGGAGUAUAGCGAUUGGAUACAGUCUUCGACAAAGCAUCGCGCGAUCUACGACCAAGAAAACGAGAUCCUUCGACACUAUCAGUUAAGCAAUAAGCGCAUCUUCUUCACUCUCUUUGCCCAGAACUUUUGUGAGUUUGGCAAAGAGCUAGCCGAGCACGUAUUUUACCUGGGCCUCAAAGAAAAUACCGACUUCUUCAAUACCUACUCGUGCGGUUAUCAAACUGAGAUCACCAGAAAUUGUGUUUGAUAUAAUGGCUAAUGUCAAAUGUUUUCUCUAAGCCAAGUUAAAUGCGUAAAUUUGUAACUAAAGGUUUAAGUACAUAUUCAUAUUACGAUAAGGUCUGUGGACAUACAAUUUAAUAUAUAUAAGGUCUGUCGA